AUGGCUACCGCUUUGUACGCAGCAAACGAGUUUAUUCUGCUUUCUCUGCCCGAAAAUACGAAACCCAGUACGUCCUCAAGCAAGGAUGUCGAUUCGUGGUUACAAGAGGACCUAAUUGGUGGAAGAGUGUUUGUAUCUGACUUUAAGAUUCCUGAAUUCAAAAUUGGCUCUUUGGAUAGUCUCAUUGUUGAGUCGGAAGAAUUGGCUAAAUACGACGCGCAAAUCGGUGGAUCUAUUGCAAAGAUUGUUGAAAUUCUGUCUGGUUUGAAUGAAACAAGCACAAAUGCCUUCAAGACUGUUCCAAUAAAUAAUGUUCCGAUCCCAGAAUAUUUAGAGAAUUUUCAAUGGCAAACGAGAAAAUUUAAGUUAGACAAGCCAAUCGCAGAGCUUAUUGAACUAAUCUCUGGUGAAGCUGCACAAUUGGAUGCAGAUGUUAGAGCGACUUUCAGUAAUUAUAACAAUGCCAAGACAAGUCUUGUAGCUGCGGAGAGAAAGAAAACCGGUGAUCUAUCUGUUAGAUCCUUGCAUGAUAUCGUUAAACCAGAAGAUUUUAUUUUAAAAUCUGAAUAUUUGACCACGGUUUUGAUAGCGGUACCCAAAAACUUAAAAUCUGAAUUUGAAAAAACGUAUGAAACUUUAACUCCAAAUGUUGUGCCAGGAUCUGCUGGUAUUAUCUCUCAAGAUUCCGAAUAUAUCUUAUACAAUGUCCACUUGUUUAAGAAAAAUGCGCAAGAGUUCUGCACAAAGGCUAGAGAGAAGAAGUACAUCCCUCGUGAAUUUAAUUAUUCAGAGGAAUUGAUUGAUCAGUUAAAGAAAGAGCAUGAUUCAGCAGCUAACCUAGAGCACUCAUUGCGUGUUCAACUGGUGAGAUUGGCAAAAACUGCAUACUCCGAUUGUUUUGUUGAUUGGUUUCAUAUUAAGGCACUUCGUGUUUAUGUUGAAUCUGUUCUUCGUUAUGGAUUACCCCCUCAUUUCAAUACAAAGAUUAUUGCAGUACCACCAAAGAAUUUAACUAAAUGUAAGCAUGAAUUAAUUGAAGCGUUUGGUUACUUAAGCGGCAACGCUUUCGCCAAGGAUAAACAGGGGAAGAUCCUGAAACAAGACACAAGUCUACAUCAAUAUGCAACAUUGGUAGAUACAGAAUAUGAACCAUUUGUUAUUUACGUUGUAACUCUUUAG